AUGGGGACUAAAGGAGUUGGUGUAAACACAUCAGUUGGUGGUGAUCCUAUGAGUGGUAGAAAUGGUGGUAUUGGUAGAAAGGGUGCUGGUGUAAACUCAUCAGCGGGUGGCGAAUCUUGCUCUGGCGGUGGAUUAAAUAAGGGCAAUGGUGGUGGUAGUGCAAAUUCAUCCGGUGGCAUAUUUGGUGUAAAUUCAUCAUCUGGUGAUGGCAUAUCUGGUUCUGUUGGUGGAUCAAAUAUUGGAAUUAAUGGCGGUGCUGGUGUAAACUCAUCAUCUGGUGGGACGUCUGGCUCUGUUGGUGGAUCAAAUAUAGAGACUAGUGGUGGCGGAGGUGUGAAUUCAGGUGGAGGUAAUAGCCAUGGAUUUAAUGGUGAUGGUGUCACUUCGGGUGGUGGUGGUGAAGGGACUAGUGGAGGUGGUGGGAAUACUAAUGGUGCUGGAGGAGGAGAUGGUACUGGUGGUGGUGGAGAAGGAGCCAGUGGUGGAGGUGGAGAGGAUGGUGGAGGUGGAGAUGGGGGUGGUGGUGAAGAAGGUGGUGACACUGGUGGCGAUGAAGAAGGUGGUGGGGACGUAGCAACGGGUGGCGGGGAUGGGACUUCGGGAGGUGGUGAUGGUACUACUGGAGGUUGCACUGUUGGUGGUGGAGACGGGACAAGGGGGAGUGGAGGAGGAGAAGGCACUAGAGGAGGCAAUGGUGGAGCCCUCCUCCUAGGAGGGGAGGGUCUGGGUGAGGGCUGA